ACUGCAACUGUUCCCAUAAACCUGGGAACAGAAAACUGCCCGACUAAGCUCCCGUAAGAGUUCAUACAACUUAAUGCUCUGCAUUGUGACGAUCACAGAAGCUAAGGUCUCCUAAAAGAAGACAGCUCACAUUUGGCUGCCUGUUGACAACUUUUUAUCUUUCUCUUGACCACUCAGAAAAACUUGUCUUCCUACUUUUGCCUUCCUGGCAUCAUGGAAAAGGUGCAAUACCUCACUCGCUCGGCUAUCAGGAGAGCCUCCACUAUUGAAAUGCCCCAGCAAGCGCGUCAGAAUCUCCAGAACCUGUUUAUCAAUUUCUGCCUCAUCUUGAUAUGUCUGCUGCUGAUCUGCAUCAUCGUGAUGCUUCUGUGAACAGCUGCCUGCCGCCACUCCAGACCUGCAACAUGCCAACUCAGCUUAAAACCGAGCCCUCGGUCGUGGGGGAAGCAACGCGCUGCCACCUUCUCACUGAGAAGAGCUUUGCGAGGGUCACGAUUAAGAAUGAAACUAAUUGUUAGUCAGUGUAUUCAUCUGCUGGAUCUUGUAAACAAACUUUACAGUGACUAAGUGUACGUAAUGUAGCUGCCAAUUUCCUCAACAUGGCUCAUAAAUUUCUUUCCUAAAUAUUUCUGACAAUGAAGUAUGAGUUUUAAUUUUGAAACACCACUACAAAAAAAGUUCACUUUCUAUAUCCAACUCUAGAAAAGUUACUUUAUAGCUCCAGUUUGGGGAAUAAAUGAAAUUUAUACUGCAUUGCCACUACUUUUUUUAUAGGAACUAAGUAUUCUUUAGUUCUCCACAAAGUAGAAAAUAGUAAUUUAAAUGAAGUGUUCUUAUUCAAAAUAGCUCACUGGGUCCUCACAUAGAUGACACAAUGAUGAUGAUGAUGAUGAUGAUGAUGAUGAUGAUGAUGAUGUCGACGACGACAAUUCAAAACUCUUGGUCAUUACUGUCAGAACAAAUACCCUGAAAAAAUGGUGUGCCCUUUUUCUAUACACUAAUAUUUUUAAGUUUAUGAGAGUCAAAAAGGGAAAUGUAAGAAGAUAUUCUCAUAUAAAAUUCUUCACUAAUUUUUCUCAAGGACUGUGGAAUUCAAGUAUAUUACAUUACAUUACAUCACGAAUCUGCGCUCUUUAGGGUUUGAUCAACAAGCAAGAACAUCUUGCUGUGUUGGCUGUGAUAAUAACUAAAAACAAAAACAGAAUUUCACCUGAAGUUUGACAUUGUCAUGUAUCUCCUUGGUUUAAUAGGGUUUCUCCAAGUAAUGAAGAUAAUAACAAUAAUAAACAAGCUGUAGUAAAACACAGCUCUUUCUUUUCCUAAUCUUCCAGAGAGGAAAUAGUUGUUCCCUAACUUUAGAAGUAGAACUAGAGAGCUAUUGUAUAAUUCUUACUGACCAUGGUUUCAAUUUCCCUUUCUAAGUUUCUAAUAUCUCUCAAUAACUACUAAAAUAGGAGCAAAAAAUAUAUUGGAAAAUAUAUUCACCAAAAUUUAGUGACUUAAACUGAAUCAAGUGCAAAACAUUUUAUAUCUAACUUUGCAAACCCACAAAUUUUAAGUCCAGUUCAAAAUAUGCUACCAACAUAGCAACUAUUAAGGAAGAGAAUUGUAAUUAGAUUUAUUUUCCAUAACGAUUACUACAAAGACAUAAAACAUCAGUAUUCACUUUGGUCUCUAACAGAGCAGCUGAAGGCAUGCUUAUCUAAAUUGUUUGAAUCCCUGGUAGAAAGGGAGAUGUUUUGGUUCAGAAAUUAUCUAAAGAGUAGCCCAAAAAGAAGUCCAAUGUUAAUAGGGGUCUCUUCACAAAGGCUGGAGGUGCUCAUCACAGAAACUAUAAAACAAGAUGGCAUCAUCUCUAAAUCAGUGGUAGUUAGCGUUCCCUUUCUGACACUGUGACCCUUUCAGGCAGUUCCGCAUGUUGUGGUGACACCCAACAAGAAAAUCACUUUUGUUGCUAUUUCAUAACGGUAAUUUUGCCUCCACUAUGAAUGGUAAAUAUUUUGGAAACAGAGGUUUGCAUGAGGGGUUGCAACCCACAGAUUGAGAACCACUGGUAAAAGGUCUGUAAAAAGUAUAUAAGUUCUGUAGUUGCCAUGCUGAGAGAAAAGCGACACUGAAGCUGAAAAGCGCCAGGAUUCGUUGUAUAAACUGUCAGCUCAUAAGGGUCUUCUCAUUAAACAUUUAAUGUUGCCUUUUA